AUUAUGUGGAGAUUAGAGGGUCAGGUUUUGAAAACAAGACUUUGGAUACAAACGCAGAGAAGACUGUUGUUUUUCAGAAAGCGGAGUGUCAAAUUUGUAGCGACCGUGCAGAAACGAGUGGCACUGAUCGAUAGUUCUCUCAAUAAAGAAGUUGGCAUGCUUGGAACCUUGAAGAGAGCCUGUUCAACAGAUGUAGCUGCUCGUGGAGCAACGAACACAGGCAGUAUCCACCCACUAGUAGAUAUCAAUUGUUCUGGAUGUGGAGUGAGACUUCAAAGUCAAAACGAGGAAAAAACGGGUUACAUUCCAUCAGACAAGAUGGAAGAUCUUCUACAGCAUCGAGACUUUUCUGCAAUAUGUAGACGAUGUUUUCAGCUCAGACAUUACAAUGAAUGUCUGAAUGUCACUUUGGAUGAAGACGAUUACAAACGCCACUUGCAGCAUCUCAAACAUCAGAAGGCUCUAAUUCUUUGCAUAGUCGAUGUCACCGAUUUUCCUUGCAGUAUAUUUCCAAAUCUUGUCGACGUCAUCGGUUAUAGAAAUCAAGUCGUAAUUGUUGGGAACAAAAUUGAUAUGCUAACAGCUAAGGAUGACACUCAACGACGAGUAAAGGAAACUGUUCAUCGGGGCUGUGUUGAAGCUGGAUUCGAUCGUACUAACAUUGUAGGGAUACACUUAGUUAGUGCAAAGACUGGAGUCGGGAUUAAUGCUUUGGUCAAAGAUCUCACUGACAAUUGGGGUAAGCGGGGAGAUAUUUAUAUGUUGGGAUCCACAAACGUUGGCAAAUCGAGUCUAUUCAAUUGGUUAUUGAAACUUUUGUGUGACAUUCCAGUCGGUGAGAUUGGGGGUGCUACUAUUUCUAGAUGGCCUGGUACUACACUUGGACUUGUAAGCUUUCCGAUAGCCUCCCGGAGCAAGAGAGAACGAAUGAAGAAAAAACUGUAUCUUCAAGAAACCAAAGUAGGAGAUGGAACGGAUACGUGGUUUAUGAAUGAUUAUAAAGACGGACAGAAAUUUGAACAAAAUCAGGAAAGUGUGUGUAAAGCAUCGGACGAUGAAGCGACUAGAACAACAAGAAAGAAGAAUCGUGUCUAUGACACUCCUGGAGCCGUGAAUCCACUGCAGCUCAUCAGUCACCUCACUCACGAAGAACUGAGGUACAUAACACAAGCCAAACAACUAAAACCGAAGACAUUCAUAUUGAAACCAAAACAAUGUCUGAUGAUUGGAGGAUUGGCAAAACUUGACUAUGCCAAGGGUAGCAGAUCUAUAUACUUCACUGUAUUUCGUUCAUCUCUUCUUCCUGUCCAUACAACUUGGGUUGAACGAAGUGAAACCUUUUAUCAAAAUCAUGCUGGAGAAAACUUACUGAAAAUCCCAAUCGGAGGGAAGACUCGAAUGGAGACGUUUCCCCCUCUAGACAGUCGGCCAAUUGAUGUUGAAGGGAUUGGGUGGAAGGAAAGUGCUGUAGAUGUAGUACUUUCUAGUGCAGGUUGGGUAGCUAUCACUGCCGGGGAAGGUGACAAGGUGCAACUUACGGCUCACACACCAAAUGGCAAAGGUAUCUUCGUGCGUUCUCCAGCAAUGUUACCUUCUGCAGUCAAUGAUAGAGGCAAACGAUCAAAACGUGGACUUCGGACUGAAUUUCUUGGCAAAUAGAAAAUAUAUUUAAUAUUGUAUAUGGAUGUUAUGGUACGUCAUAUGUGAUGUUUGUAAUUUUGGGUGUGUGAUGCAAGACUAAAAUAUACAUAAAGCACUCAGACUAACUAAAUAGUUUGAGUCGAUCCCCUUUU